GACAGUGACAGCUUAAAGAUUAUUUACAUAAUGUUAUAGUACGAUAAGAUAUAUAAAUUGUUUUAUAUUUUCGACAAUAUAUUAAUAAAUACGACACUGAUGCAGUAACUAAUCAAUUUUAAAAAAUGUUAAUAUUAAGAAAACUGCUGUUAUCAACACAUCUACGUGCUUCUCGUGUAUUUUUCUCUUCAAACACUUCACCGUUAAAGUAUCAGGAGCACAAAAUAAGGAUUGGAAAAUAUGAUAUAAACUAUUUACAAGUUGGCAAUGGCCCACAUAAGGUAUUGUGUGCACCGGGUGCACUAGGCACUAUAUGGACGGAUUUUAAGCCACAAAUUGAGGGAUUUAUGAAAGAUAAAUUCAGUUUAGUGGUGUGGGACCCUCCGGGCUAUGGGAAAAGUUAUCCACCUGAAAAGGAAUUUUCACUUAAUUUUUAUGAAAAUGAUGCUGAUACUGCUUUACAACUAAUGAAGGAGCUGCAAAUACCAAAAUUUUCCCUUCUGGGCUUUAGUGAUGGAGGUAUAACUGGACUUAUUCUUGCUGCCAAAUAUCCAGAUGCUGUUAACAAAUUGGUUGUAUGGGGAGCCAACUCCUUUAUUUUGCCAAAGGAAAUGGAAUCUUACAAAGCAAUAAGAGAUACAAAUAAAUGGUCUAAGAAAUUAUUAGAACCACUAUUUGAGGUGUACGGUAAAGAAAAUUUUCCUCAGUACUGGGCAAGCUGGGUCGACGCUAUGGAAAGAAUAUAUGAAACAAACAAAGGAAAUAUUUGCUCCAAUGUUGUGAAGAACAUAAAAUGCCCAACCUUCAUUCUAUAUGGAGAAAAAGAUCCACUUGUAGAUUGUGUUCACGUUUCACAUUUACACACACAUAUAAAUGGUUCAAGAAUUCAUUUAUACCCAGAAGGAAAGCAUCAUGUACACCUGCGUUACGCUGAAGACUUUAAUAAGAGAGUACAAGAGUUUCUCUUAUUAACCUGACUGAUUUCCAUUAUACGAGUACUAUAUAUAAAAAAAUUGGUUUAUACCUAUAAGUAUAUAGCAGAUUUUUAAUUUGUUGUGAAUAAGUGUUAUUUUUUUUAUUAAUUAUACA